GAGUUUGACCAGGUAAGAGCACGCGGGUUGCCUUCAUUCAUAAAUCUUCGUUCUUGCGAGUCAACUCCAACUCCUUCCAAUUAAUCAUCAGAGGCCGCUCGUUCUUCUGAACAAAUGAAAUUAACCCUUCACUAGGAAGGAAAAUUUCAGCUCCAAUUAUGCAUCAUCCUCUUCCUCGCCACGUACCCUGUAUCUUCUUCUUCUUCCUCCUCAUCCUGCUCGCCCUAGCUGCCUCCCAACCCCUUAGUAACUUCUGCCCAAAUAGCACCACCACCUAUACUACGAACAGCACUUUUCAUUCCAACCUCAAGGCCCUCCUCUCCGCCUUGGCAUCAAAUGCCACCCGCUCAAACGGUUUCUACAACUCCACCGUCGGCAGCCGCAACUCCACCGCGUACGGCCUGUUCAUGUGCCGCGGCGACGUCUCAACAGCCGGCUGCGCGACGUGCGUGAGUGAUGCCGGCACAAAUAUACUGAAGUUGUGUCCCAAUAAAAAGAUUGCCGACAUUUGGUACGACAAUUGUAUGUUGCGUUACUCGAAUGUGUCUAUAUUCGGGAGAGCUGACCAGUCGAUAGUGCUGAAUUUGUACAAUACCCAGAAUGAUACGCAACCAGAGAGGUUUAUGCGGGCGGUCGGUAACACGCUGGGUCAGAUGAUAGCUGCGGCCGCCGCCGGGGACAGAUCCGGCAAGAAAUUCGCGACCCUAGAAGCUAAUUUUUCGUCGUUCGAGAAGAUCUAUAGUCUGGGGCAGUGCACGCCGGAUCUUUCCGUGAUGGAUUGCCAGAGCUGUUUGGGGAGUGCAAUCCAACGGCUGCCAGGGUGUUGCUAUUCGGCACUGGGUGCUAGAACGAUCUACCCAAGCUGUAAUGUUAGAUAUGAGACAUACCCUUUCUACAAUAGCACCGUCGCCUCUCCUCCACCGCCGCCUCCGUUUCCCACCCGCCGUCCUCCCUCCAGCCCGCCUCCCGUUUCUGCCCCCAAUGAAGGGAGCGUUUGGAAUGCUGAAACAUACAUAGGGAGGAAAAGGGAAGAAAUGCUUGCGACAAUAAAAUACCAGAAAAAAGAAACACUCUUCUUCAAAAGUGAUUAUUAUUGCUAUUGUAGUUCCGGUCGUUGGGAUUAUACUCUUCAUUGCAAUCUUGUGUUGUGUAAGAACUAGAUAUAUCAAGAAAGAAUUAACAGCACACCUUACAGAUGUAUCUGGGAUUUCAAGUGACGAGUCCUUGCAAUAUAAUUUUGUUACCAUUCAAGCUAUUACAAACGGUUUUGCCCCUGAAUGUAAAAUCGGCGAAGGUGGAUAUGGUUCAGUAUACAAGGGAAAGCUUCCCGGUGGACCAGACGUAGCUGUAAAAAGGCUUUCAAGAACAUCAGGCCAAGGGGCCCAAGAGUUCAAGAAUGAGGUUGAAGUAGUGGCCCAGCUUCAACAUAGAAAUUUAGUAAGGCUGCUCGGCUAUUGCUCUGAAGGAGAAGAAAAAAUACUCAUCUAUGAAUUUGUGCCCAACAAGAGUCUUGACUACUUUUUAUUUGAUGAUGAAAAGAGGCGCUUAUUGGAUUGGUCAAGGCGUUACAAAAUCAUAGAAGGGAUAGCACGAGGACUGGUAUACCUUCACGAAGAUUCCCGCCUUAGAAUUAUACAUCGUGACCUCAAAGCAGGCAACGUACUGCUCGAUGAAAAUAUGAACUCGAAAAUCGCAGAUUUUGGGAUGGCCAAAAUUUUUGGAGUCGAUCAAACCCAAGGAAAUACAAACAGAGUUGUUGGAACAUAUGGCUACAUGUCUCCCGAGUAUGCAAUGCAUGGGCAAUUCUCAGUCAAGUCUGAUGUUUAUAGUUUUGGUGUUCUUGUUUUGGAGAUCAUAACUGGGAAAAAGAGUUCCAACUUCACUGAAACAAGUGAAGCCCAUGAUCUUCUUAGCUAUGCAUGGAAAUAUUGGAGGGAUGGGAGGCCAUUAGAGAUAUUGGAUCCUAUACUUGGAGAUACCUACUCAAGAAAUGAAGUCAUCCAAUGCAUCCAUUUGGGCUUGUUGUGCGUUCAAGAAGAUAUUGACGAGAGGCCUACGAUGGCCAAUAUCGUUCUCAUGCUCAGUAGUUAUUCUGUCACCCGGCCGGUCCCACAUCAACCGGCUUUCUUUUACGAUGGAAGAUCAGAGAUGAUGCAGAAAGGGGGGUUCAUGUUGUCGGAUCAGUUCACGAGUGAUUCCAUUCCCUUGUCUGUAAAUGAAGUGUCCAUUACUGAGCUUUAUCCAAGAUAAUAUUAGAAGGAUAUACAAGUAAAGUUUAUGAAAAUUAGGAAAUAAAAAAGCUGAGGAACUAUUGAAACCUCAUUCCAUUCACUGUUUAAAAAUGUAAGUGCAGGACAAGGAACAAAUGCAUACACUAGAGUACCAUAUUUAGAGAAUUAGGCAAAUUUUGGAUACAACUAAAGCAGUUUCUGUGUCCCGUUUGCCCCGAGUGCAAAUCCUAAUAUGGUUUUAUGCUAUUUCUA